AUGGCUAUUUUGACUACAGUUGGUGAUGAUUUGAAGCUUUUGUUCUUUGUUGCUAUUAUAACAUUAAUCACCUCCACCGCUGCCACUGCCGCCACUCCUCCUCCUCAUCCUACUACUUCUACUGCUAUUGUUAUUGCUGCUACUACUGUUAUUUCUACUGCUACUGCUACUGCUACUAGUCCUACUCCUCCUACUACUCCUACUCGUGCUCCUACUCCUGCUAUUGCUCCUGCUCAUGCUCUUGCUCCUUUUACUGCUACUGAUACUGCUACUGUUGCUGCUGUAGCUGCUCCUACUGCUCCUAGUGCUUCUACUACUCCUACUACUGCUACUUCUCCUACUGCUACUGCUGCUAUUGCUGCUACUGGUGUUGUUGCUUCUUGUGCUACUACUACUGUUGCUACUACUACUACUACUGCUGCUACUACUACUACCAUAUCCCCUAUAAGUCAUGAUUAUUAG